CCUUGCAACCUCUGAUCCCCAGUGCAGUCUCUCAGCCCCCUGCAUCAGUCUGUCCCCUAUUGCAGUCUCUCAGCACCACUGCCAGUCUUUCUGUCCCCAGUGCAGCCCACUCCCUCCAAAACUGUUCCUUUAUCUUUCCCUGCUGCUUCCAGUGAAGUGUCUCCUGGUCUCCACUCCGCUGUGCAGGUGCCAGUCUGAUGCCGGGGCAUGAUGCGUGCUCUACUAGAGGAGCUCGGGAUCCGGGCACUGCUUUUCGGGGUGUUUGUAUUUACAGAGUUCCUGGACCCUUUCCAACGUGUUAUCCAACCGGAGGAGAUCUGGCUGUAUAAGAACCCCUUGGUGCAAUCAGACAAUAUACCCACUCGGAUGAUGUUUGCCAUCUCCUUUCUAACGCCCCUUGCUGUGAUUUUCGUGGUGAAAAUCAUCGUUCGCACAGACAGAACGGAGGUGAAAGAAGCUUGUUUGGCUGUCUCCUUGGCAUUGGCUCUGAAUGGAGUUUGCACAAAUACCAUCAAACUCAUAGUGGGAAGGCCUCGUCCUGACUUCUUCUACCGCUGCUUUCCCGACGGAGUCUCCAAUGAGGGGAUGCAUUGCACUGGGGAUGCCAGCGUGGUGGCUGAAGGCAGAAAAAGCUUCCCAAGCAUUCACUCCUCCUUUGCCUUCGCAGGACUGGGGUUCACCUCCUUCUAUCUAGCAGGGAAGCUGCACUGUUUCACGGAAAUUGGGCAAGGGAAGAGCUGGCGACUCUGUGCUGCCGUCCUGCCGCUGUAUUGUGCCAUGAUGAUUGCUUUGUCUCGCAUGUGUGACUACAAGCACCACUGGCAGGAUUCCUUUGUUGGUGGGGUGAUUGGCCUGAUUUUAGCCUACCUAUGUUAUCGACAGCAUUACCCUCCCCUGACACACUCCUCCUGCCACCGACCGUCUGUGUGUCUGCACCAGGUGGCCCCCCAGAAGAAGGAGCAGCGAAUGCCAACAGAAAACAGUGACGGUCUAAUGCACGAGGGCCUGACCGAGGGACCUGUAUGACCAGAAUUUGCUCUCAUCUGACUUGUAGCUGCAACCGGAACCUCAAGCAAGGGGUCAUCCCUGCACUGUGUAUCUGGUACCGUGCACAUCCGGCCAGUGUGACUGGCACCUACAGUGAACUCAUCAUCAGUUGCCAACUAGUCGGAUGCCAAGAGGGCCGAACCCCAAGAACUGACAUUGGCCAUCCUUGUUGACAUUCAUUGCUCAUAUCACAGCUUUCACUACAGCCCUGGCUUUAGCUUCACCAUGCAUUGCUGAUACUAAACCUAUUCUUCAAUCCAGCAUUAAUAACAUAUUUUUGCUAUUAGUACCUUUUGAUUCUAUCCAUUAAUUAGCUGUGCCGUCUUGACUUCACAAAUUUAUUAGUGCCGUUCAGAUGACUACACUUUGCAGUGGAAUUAACUGAACAAAGUGCAGGAUCAGUCAUGGGUCCCAGCGGGUAGCCUAGUCAUUAGUGAUGAGCGAAUCUGUCCCGUUGGCAAAAAAAAAUUGCGAAACGCAUUGAAGUCAGUGGGCGUCAAGA